AGAAUAUUCAUCAUCGUAUGGAUAAUUUUUGUGUCCGAAUUCAAGGGAGUUCCUGCUGAAAAGUGUGACAAGAUCGACGAUUGCUCAUGUAGAAAAAGCAAUGGGAAAGUUAUAAGUUUAAGAAAAGUUGAUGGGGUUAAAGGAGGUCCUGCGUAAGUAACGUUUUGUUUCUCAGUAUUAAUUGUAGUUGUUGAAGUGUCAAUAGAUAUUUUAUAGUUUCGCCGGCUUUAUUUAAGAAUUUUUGUAUGUUCUCUAAAAUUAAUGUUAUCAACGCGAUGUUACUUAUCUCUAGUGUUAUAAUCCUAUGGCCAUAGUUGUGUGACAGCAACUCUCAGAAAAAAUCCCAUACUGCACUCUUAUAGAUUAUUAGAUAAUUAUUCUCGUUAAAGAAGAAUGAAUAUCACGACUUUGGCCGUUCAUAAUAAAAAGUAGUUUAUUACAUUGCUACUCAUUGGCUUUACUUGUUUUCACUCUAACUACUUUUUUGAUAAUAAAGUCGAGUCGAGGCACAUCAAGUUUCAAGCGUCUCGUGAGUCCCUCAAAUACACUGUGUUCGCAUCAGUUUCUAUCCAGUGUGGUCAAAAGUCCAUUACGGGGAUUAUUUUGAGAGCUGACAAUGAUGGCCUUAUAAAUUCCAUCACAAAAAUUAUUGACUUGCUCCUUGGAUUUUUAAGCUUUUUUAAGAUAGAAGGCAAGAAAGUUCCACGACUCUUAUUCAGCAAGAAGUACAAUAUUUGAAUUUCUUUCUUUAUAAAUUAGACCUCAAAACUUUUAAAUUUUAACUAAAGUCAUGAUAGUUUCAACUGUCGUGACCGUUUUGCCUCCAGUUCCAUUAAAUAAAUCAAGCACUUUAAAUGUUUUAGUCAUGAUAGUCGAUCAAGUAUUAAUACGGACUUAAUUAAGGGAGGCUAACAUGGAAUAGUAAAGAUACUCUAAUUUGUUUUGGUAGUGAUUCUUGAAACGACUCGUAUCACAUAAGAGUAAGAUGUAUACCUUUUUAGCCAGGGUUUCCGCAAUCUACAGAAUCUACAGUCGUACGCCUCUACUACGGACACCGAAGCGACGGAGCGAAGUGUUUUUAUUAGAGAGGUGUACGUAUAAAAGACGUCACUGCGAUGACGGCACUUUUAUGACUCCAUUUACGGUUUUAAGGGUUCAGUAGCUAAACCCAGGCUCAAAUUUGAUAGAAAAAUAUCAUUAACAGCACCAGCCCAUCUCCUCAUAAUAUACUAUACAGGGAUGUUGCCGCCGAAGCCGAGGUAUUCCUUUACUAAUGGUGGGGAUUUUCAAGUUAGAGUCCAGAAAGUAUACAACUACAAAGUUCAAGUUUGUAGCCAUUUUGGCCCUCCAUUGCAUUAAUAUGACAAAAUUCUUGCCAAAUUUGGUCAACAGUAGCUGCUGGUGAUGAAUUAUAUGUAUGGUUUUAACCAAUCAGAAACGGGGAAAUAUUUUGAAUGAAUAAUAACAACUGAUAAAAGGCAACAACUCAGACAACAACACUCUGGCGACCCUGGGUAAGGGAUAAAACUAUGGAUAUAAUCCCGUUUUACAGCUCCCAAAUUUGCCUAAUGAAGUCAAAUAUUUUAGCCUGUCAAUUUCGAAUGGAGCGGAACUGAUGUGCCAAAGAAAUUAAGAAUUUUUAGAAAUUUCUAAAAAAAAAAAUCAUUUCAUCAAAAACCUCUCUCGAAUACGUUCUUGUAGUAAUGCGAUCUUUUAGUUAACUUUAAAUAUGUAAAGUAAUCUAUUUUCCAUGGGAUAUAUUAACCAGUAUUUCUUUCUUCCUUCAGUUUUAAAAAUAUACCAACGAAUGACUGGGAUCAAAAAUCUAAAGCAAGUUUCGACUGGAAUCCUUGCACAGCAUUUAACAAAGGCAGCGGCUGCAACGAUGCAUUGGUAAGAACGAUUUUAUCACUCUUUGGCAUCUCCUGGUUGCAGUUGUUCGAACGGGUCGAUGACGCAAAAAGGCCUUUUAAAACGAGUAACGUCAUAAAAAUUAAAUUUGCGAAAUUAUGGGAAUGGCCGGGAUAUUCUGAAAAUUGAACUGAGUUAAAUGUAUGAAGCUUAAGUCUCCAAUCAAAGCAGAAUUGCGCUAUACCUUAGACACACUUUUCCCAGAAAUGUAAGUUUUUGACAAGUAGGCCUUUCAGAUGUUGAAACAUUUUAGUCUUUUUAUAUAAAACGACGCCAGUCAUAAUCCUGCUGUUUUAUCCUAGACAAAAAAUAUAAACAUUAAUAACAAAACUGCAAGGAGAAAAGCGACUUGAGGUUUCGCGAUAUUUCGGACGGACAAGCAGUCCUUCUUCAGAGGAUUUAAUGAACAUUCCGACAAAUCCCAUAAUUUCACUAGUUUAAUUUUAUGACGUCAUCACUUUAGAACUCUAUAGGCCAAGGCCAGCUUCCUGUAAAGAUGGUUAACUUUAACCCAGGAUUAAGCCAACUUUUAAGCAAGGUUUUCUUGUCCUAACCUAUUCAGCUGUUCAGAUUGUGCGGUCGGUGCAAACAAGAAGUGAUUUUUUUUCCCGCUCUCUCACUUCGCACCGCACUCCACUAACUGAACGCCUGGAAAAGGCUAGUUUUGUCUGCGGUGUCUCUUAAAGACCUGUCUGCCUGAGGAUUGAAAGUACCAGCUUGGUCUGAGAGGGUUGUAAAACUGAGAUAUUUGUUCUUUUCAAGGUAAACACCAGUCUAGUUUGCUUUUUUCCUUAGAGGUUAGGUUUUCAGACCCGCAACAGUACUCACCAUGAUAUAUCCUGGUAGGCAGGAUAACUACAUGUAACACCAACUUCCCCAGUCCCUUCCCCAACACCAACCUACCUGGGCUAGAAAAGCACUACUGUGUACCUGGUCAGGGAAAUGGCUCCGCAGUGGGGAAAAAGGGCGAAAAAGAUCAGUGAAGGAUGAAAAACAGCUCCACUCGCUUGCAUUUGACAGUCGCUGAUUUUUGCGGGGCCUGGUCCCAAGCUACUGUGUUCCAAUAGACCUUAUUCACGAUACCCGCCAUCUUUGCAGGCGCCAGUUUAAGGACUGAUGGUUUCUCAGGGGACCAAACAAGUAAUAAAAUCUGCCAAUACAAGAAAUAUCGGUCGAGUUUGUUUAUUCUAGACAGAAGGAAAUGAAUAACUUUUUAUCUUGAAGACGCUAAUGGCAAGUUAUUAGUGAAAGUUUUCAUUGUAACUUAAUUUGGAAGCGAUAGCAACCGUAGGUGUCCGUUCAGCAUGCAAUGACGACGUAAAACUUGUUUAAACUCAAACUGUACAUUUUAAAUGACUAUUACAUCUUUGAUAGAAUAGACAAAUUCCACUGCGAUUACUCGUUAUGGCAAAUUCUGUUCAUUGUUUGUCCCCUGAGAAAUCACGUGACAUUGCAAAUAUCCCACUCCUGGGUGCGUGCAAAGAUGGCGGGUAUCAUAAGGUCUAUUAAAAUGAAAUACAUUUACUCCAAGAUGUGUGAAAACCCGAACAGAGAAACCAGUACUGGCCAAGUAUUGGCCCAGUCUGCCGCUGCAUUCACAGUAAACAAAGACGGAUCUACCACUAUAUCUUACCGUUCAUAUGCGACAAGGUAAAUCAUUCUUAUUUAUCUAAAUAACCUGAGGUCAAUAAAGUGUAACUUAACAGACCAAUUUCCGUGUAUAAAAAUUCAUGCUUGGCUCCAAAGGCUUGAGGGAGUAAAAUAAAAGAAAUGUAUUAUUCAUUACUGAGCCUCAAGCUGAUUUCUUCUGUUUUUCAUGCGCUUAUUUUGACUAAAACUAAAAUGAAUGGACAUAUGCUUUAAGGUUAUAUACUUGGUACCAAAAUAUGAAAUAGCAGUUGCUAUAGCAUGUAAAUGGGCUACAGUGAUAUAGAUGAAUAAAGGUUUCUCUCUCUCUCUAAUAACCGACUUGUUUACUUUUAUUUAUUCAAUUUUAUUUUGUACAAUAUUACUAUUUUUUUUAAUGUUUUAGGGAGGUGCAUAUAAAACUUAAAUGCGAUGACAAAAAGUACCCUGGUGAUACCGGAGACGGUGUUGCGGUUCUUCCGCAGCCUGAAACAGAUUUAUAUCAUUAUGUGCGUUUUCUUGUGUUUAUAAUCAUCUAAUCGCUUAAUAGACCAAUAUCGAUAUAAUAAAAAAUUCAUACUUGGCUCCGAAGCUCAGGGGAAUAGAACAAAAUUAAAUGUAUUAAUCAUUGCUGAGCCUCAACGUAUUUUAUUUUGCUUUAUUUUCCCUCUCGAAGCCAGGUAUGAAUUUUAAUAUAUCGAAGUUAGUCAAUUAACGCUCGGCCAUUCAUACUCCCACAGUAGUACAAGCGCGUGGUAAGAACACCGCCCCCCUGUCCCCCUUGCGUUUUUGAUACGGUGCGAUAUUUUGAAAAAUUCCUAUCAUUACGGAUAGUCUGGAUGGCCUGUUAGAGUAGUGUAGGAGCUGCUCGUAAGGUCUCUUCUCAUUGGUCGCAGGAAACAAUGACAUGUCAUUCUUCCAAUUGUUUUAGUAUUGUUUGGGGUCAGGGAAAAGCACCAUUGGUGACUUCUCUUCCGAGCAGCUGCGACAUGACCCGCCUGUUAUGUGGUCUAGAAUAUGAUGAUGUUAGCAUUAUGGGAUAGAUAUGCAAAAAGGCGCUGCUGGAGGCCAGUGACGUCAUCCAAAAUAAGCUUUUGUAGAUUUGUCCCUCUUGACACAAUGUGUUUUUGGCUUUUUGGCUUCCGGAGUGGGGUGGCAUCCACCCAGUUUUACCCCUCCCUUUAGUAAGUAAGAGUGAAACCCACUGUGCAACAACCACCCAUUCGACACGACUACCUCGUGAUCACGAAGAAAUGACCUCUUCCCUGCUCUUAAUAAUAACCGUCUCAGAUUAUUCUUAGUUAAUAGGGAGGGAAUGAAAAUGUCCAUUGUGCAAAAUAAGAAAAAAACGGAAUUUUUAUUAACUAAACUUUUUAUAUCAGGAAUGCUACAAGUCUUGAUUUUAUUUUUGAUUUUUUAAUGGUUUUUCUGGUUUUCGCAGAAAAUGACGUUUACCUCUAAGUGCGCAUGUGAUGAUGGCUGU